AUGGCACUCAAUUCACGAGUUCAUUAUUCGCCCAGUUUUGUUCGACAAACGGGAUUGAACACGUUACCACUGCACCGAUCCGCCCUCAGUCUAACGGCCAGGCGGAACAAUUUGUCGAUACAUUCAAAAGGGCGCCUAAAAAAACUCGAAAAAGGGAAAGAAACAACCGACGAAAUUUUGGAAACAUUCUUGCUGGCCUACCGAAGUACACCAAACCGAUCAGCACCAGAAGGCCUAUCACCAUCGGAACAUAUGUUCGGGCGUCGCAUACGCACUUGUCUCGAGCUGCUACGUCCACCAACCAAACAACAACCAUCAGCACCAGUACAGGUCGACCCAAAUAAGCCCAAUUUGAGAACGUUCAACACCAGUGAUCCCGUCUACGUCAAGAUCUACUCCAAAAACGCCUGGAACUGGGUUCCCGGAAAAAUCGUAGAAAAAUUAGGCCAUGUUAUGUACAACGUUCUUACCGAAAAGCGUCGCUUAGUUCGGUCGCAUCUCAACCAGCUGCGCAGCCGAAUAUUUCAUCAAGAUUCUGGGAAUAGCGUCUCACCUGGAUCGAAGCAACGCCAACUGGAUUUGCUUCUCGAUAUUUGGGACCUACAACCUUUGAAUAGAGUGAGCAACGAAGUAUCUGCGUCCAGAUCAAAUUCAAGCGACGUAAUUCGGACUCCAUCGUUAUCACCACCUGUUAGUCCGGCAAUUAGCUCGGACCCGUCGUCUUCGUCCUCAACUACCACCUCUUCAAGCUUUGAGUCGGCUGCAGCUAGCACACCGACCGUACAGCCCGCAAUACCUCGCCGAUCUUCCCGAACAAGAAGACCACCAGCGAGGUUUUAUCUGUAUCAGCCGAGCCGGUGA